AUGCAGACACUUACUACACUAAAUCUCGGUGGCAAUGGGAUUGGAGAUGUUGGAGCACAGCAUCUAGCAGAUGGAUUACGAAAUAAUACGACACUUACCGAAUUAGAUCUCCAAUGGAAUCAACUCGGGAAUAUUGGAACACAGCAUCUAGCAAACGCAUUACGAACUAAUACGACACUUACGACAUUAAAUUUCGCCAUAAAUGAAACCCGAGCUGUUGGAGCUCAGCAUAUAGCAGAUCUAUUACGAACUAAUACAGUAAUUAAUAUUCUCAUCCUCAUCUAUUCCAUGUGUCUAUCUGUACUUUUUCAUACAGGCACUUACCAUAUUAAUUCUAUUUAA